AUAUAGUGUAUGUAAGACAUGCACAUAUAUAAAUGUAAGUAUUAUUUUGCUUCUGCUAGAACUUUUGUGAAUAUAACGCAUACAAAAUGAUUUACCCGUCAUCUGUAUUAAUGGUGCUAUCUGUUUCUUACAUGUUGCUUGUAAUUGAUGGCAAAACUAUAUCUUCCACUUCAUUAGAAGAUUCAUUUGAGGGAUCCAGUAUAAGUCCCGAGCUUGAGCACGCUCUUAAACCAGCCGAAGAUGCCAUUUUAUCCUUCAUUCACAAGCUGGUGAAUACAGGAUAUACUUCUUCAAAAAUAGCGCUCAACAAAAUUGAACAAGGGAAGCAUAAAGAUAUCGGGAACCAGAUUCAAGAUUUAUUGGAACUCUUGCCGAAUUACAAUUCCAAAAUAUCUGUCGUUGACGAUGUGCCGAAGGUGUUUAAACAUAGCAAUCUACCCAAUUCUUUUUAAGUAGUUUGUAUUUUAAUAUUAUAAUUUACCUAGUUAUACACAUUUUAUAUAUUUAAUAAUAUCGCAUUUGUUAUUUUUAAGAAAGUAUCAUUUCUUUUUUGAAUGUAUAUUAUUCUAUAUGCAUCGCUAUCUUUCAUUAAUUUUUUUCAUUGCUUUAGCUAUAAUUGUAGCAGUAGUUAAUUUGUGGAUAUUUCUACUGUCAUAUAUUUUUAUAAAAUUUUGUUUUGUAAUGUAUGAUAUUUUUGUAUCUUUCUAUUAAUUCAUUUUUAUCUAACU